AUGGCGACUGCUCCCAUGGAGCACGAUAUGGCAAAGGCUGGGAGAUCGUCUCUGGGAAAGCGCAAGGCGGAGGUCGAAAACCUGAAAGAUUCGGGUGACACCGAGAAAGUGGAAGCUUCGUCAUAUCCACAUUACUGGGGGUACGACAACUACGAGGGUAGGGCGUAUCCUGAUUUCUCAUCGGACGAGUUUUCCGACGAGGAAACCAACCAGAAAUACCUUCGAUACGUGAGGCAGUGCUACGAGAGCCAGGGUUUUGACGUCCCAAGCGACAUCUCUUCUGAUUUGAUAGGGGCAAUCCGCACAUGCUCCAAAUCUGGACACAAAGUACUGCGAAAAAAGCUUAACUGCGCGCGAGUACUUGUCGGAGAGGGAACCGAGAUACAAUUCGACCAUGUGGGAAGGCUGAAUACACGCGGUGCAAACCUUGAUGUGAAAUUGUACAUCACUUUCAUGGCUAAGGAUCUUUCCAAUGGAGCUCUUGUCGAGUUCCAAGCUAAGACAGAACGUGUGAAAGAAUUCGACUUUUAUCAUCUUAAUCAUGAGCAUCGGCCCAUCUUCUGCAGGCCAAAACCCAUCAAGCAAUAA